UGGUGCUUGGGGGCAACGGUAGCAACGGCAGCAGCAGCAGGAGGAAAAGGAGGAGGAGCAGGGGAGGAAGGAAGGAUCGUUCGGCCUCGCUACCCGCCUCAGCGCGCCCCGGGCCCAUCGGAGCAGCCAGCCAGGGCCGCGACUCCGCGGGCCUGCGCCACGCACGGGAUCGGGCCCGGCCGGAUGGGCGCCUGAGCCUCGGGCCCCUCAGCGCCCUGGAUCGGGGCCGGUUCAGAGCUCCCGGAAGCUGAGAGCAGGAUGUUCCGGUUCAUGAGGGACGGAGAGCCUGAGGAUCCCAUGUUCCUCAUGGACCCUUUUGCUAUUCAUCGACAACACAUGAGUCGGAUGUUGUCAGGAGGCUUUGGCUAUAGCCCUUUCCUUAGCAUUACAGAUGGGAGCAUACCAGGGGCUCGACCUGCUAGUAGAAGGAUGCAGGCUGGAGCUGUCUCACCCUUUGGGAUGCUGGGAAUGACAGGUGGCUUCAUGGACAUGUUUGGGAUGAUGAAUGAUAUGAUUGGGAAUGUGGAACACAUGACAACUGGAGCCAACUGUCAGACCUUUUCAUCCUCCACUGUCAUCUCUUACUCCAACCUGGGUGACGGCGCUCCCAAAGUCUACCAAGAAACAUCUGAGAUGCGCUCAGCACCAGGUGGGAUCCGAGAAACCAGGAGAACAGUGAGGGACUCUGAUAGUGGACUAGAGCAGAUGUCCAUUGGGCAUCACAUCCGAGACAGGGCACACAUCCUCCAGCGUUCCCGAAAUCACCGAACAGGGGACCAGGAAGAACGGCAGGACUACAUCAAUUUGGAUGAGAGUGAUGCUGAAGCUUUUGACAAUGAGUGGAGGAGAGAGACAUCCCGAUACCGGCCACAGCGCCCCCUGGAAUUUCGUCGCCAUGAGGCUGCUGGGGCGGGUGGGGGUAGAAGGGCUGAGGGACCUCCUCGGCUGGCUAUACAGGGCCCUGAGGAUUCCCCCUCUCGACAGUCACGACGCUAUGACUGGUGAGGGCCCCCAGGUGCUCUCAUAAGUGUUGGUGGGGAAGGGAUCACAGGUGAGGGAUGAAGUCCCUCAGUCAUUCCUCUGGCAUUUGGAGGAAACCCACUUGUUCCUAAUAUUGUGGAGUGGGGUGAAGAUCCUCUUAGAGCCUAUUUUGGUGAUAGAGGUCUCAGCUGGUCUAAGAAAGGAAAGAAAUUCUCCUAAAUUGGAGAGUUGACCGCAACCACCAAGACCCUCAUCAUCCAGCUUCUGUUUUCCCGCCUUCCUUCCUUCCUUCCUAUAUGACAAGCUUUCUUUCCUACCACCUCUCGGUACAUUCUGUGAGGGUAAGAAAAAUCACCCCUCGGAACAAUUCCCUUCCCCCAAUUUAAUAUUAAAUAGAGGUGAGCUGGCCCCUUCAAGCUUAGGAAGUCUUAGGGGGAGCUUUUCACUGCCCCUUUACUGCUUUUACUUGGCCCGUCUCCCCUUCUCAAUCUCACCCUCCCAUAGUGAAUUUACUGACUUUUUUUUUUCUGUUGCUCCCUGGUCACUUGAUUUUUUUUUCUCCCCUUUAGCCCCCAAUAAGUACAAAGCCCCUUAGGAUAAGUUCUGGGGGUAGGAGCCCCAUUUCCCCCCAAAGGUCUAUUAGUGGCCACUGGAUCCUUUCUCAUCUCUACCUAGAAGUCCCAUGUUUGGGGCUGUGCCCCCUCCCUACUAGCUGGGUAAGGGGUGGGUAUUGGGUCCUCUUUCCUCUUGUCCUCUAAUCCUAUGCCCCCAUGUACCUAUGCACAAGUGUGUGCACACACAAACACAUACACACACAGACACACACACACUCCGUCUCUGCGUCCCUUUGCCCUUUGGGUUUGUGUGUGUAUGUAACUUGUAACUUUAUGGAAUAAAGGGGAAUGGAAAAGAAGA